AUGUCCAAUAACGUCCAAGACGUCGAAGCUGCGUUGCAAACUAUCGUUCAAGCGCCUAUUGAAUCGCUGCUUAUAAAUACUCGCCAGCUUUUUGAAGCAAACUCUGCGAUUGCAAAGGCAAUUUGUUCCCUAAGCUCAAGCAACUACGCUAGUGUUCAGGCUGAACCUCCACCCAUUUCAGAAGUUAACACCACGCAAGGCAGUGACCAGGUAACGCUGCACCAAUACAGGUCUAGACAUGGCCUACCAGAGCAUGCAAUUAUAAGGCUUGCACAGUACUGGAUUAAGAAGAGACUAGCGGGAACUAGUCUACUUAAUAUUAUAGAUGAAAAUAGGGUGUUAGAUGAUUUCCGUAAAGCUGUAGUUUCAAGUACUCCUGUAUUUUUAGCACUAAUAAGAAGUAUUAAGAAAAGAAGGUCCGCUACCAACUCACGACGCUAA